GGCGGAGCCGCGAGAUCCAAGCUAAAGACAAAGUGACUAAGACGACUUCUGUAGAUCAGAUUUCUCGAGGGAAAGAUAAAAUGAGUAAGAGGAAGAGGCAGCCCAGGACCACAGCAGGGGAAGGACUGCACCCCAAAAAGCCGCCCAAGAGCCCACCUCCGACAGGGCCCCCCGGGAGUCCUCAGAGCCCCAAGCUGGGCCGUUUACAUCAGCCCACGGGCUCAGAAGACUCGGGACCCUCUGCCUCUGCAGAGCUGAGCGGGGAGGAACUCAGACACACAGUCUCCAGCUUCCCUGCUGAGGAAACGGAAGUGGCCUCCAGCCUUUUGGGGACACCAGAGCAGGAGCCUGCGUCCCAGCUGCCUUCCCAGACGUCAGUCAGGAGAUUCGUCCCUCAGUUUGCAAAACCCAAGAAGACAGUGAGGAGAAAAGCAGAGGCCAGGGAAGAGGACCCCGAGAGUGGAGCUGUUAGCUGGGAGGUGUCACCGGAGCCUGGUGUCCUGCAGGCUGGGGACCGGCUGUUGGAGGAGUCCCUGGGGCUCCCUCUGCAGGAAGCCACGAGGCCCGACGACCAGGCGCAAGAAGCUGGCUCCAUCCCUGUCCCCCAGCAGAGUGGCCUGAACUCUGCCACACUUGUGCCUGCCAAUGGGCAUGCUUGUUCUGAGGUCACGCCAGAGGGGGAUCCAGGGCCCUCUGGCUCAGGGGGGCCUGGCCAGGAACCCCCGGUAGGUGUAAAAGCGAUCGGGAGCAGUGGGCCGGAAACACGGACGGCCUGGGUUGCAGGCAGGAUAGGCCAGGAAAAGCCCCCGCACAGGGCUGACGCUGAAGGGAAGGAACCAGACGGCAGAGGGACGCAGGAGGAAGGCACCCUCGGAGCAGGAGUGGGAACAGAGAGCGAGCAGCCUGCGGGGAGGCUCCAGGAGGAAGGAGAGGACGUCUCCUGUCUCCCAGACCUGGCUUCUGCCUCGGACCCUGAGCUACCAUGCCUGACCAGAUCUGCGGCCCACUGCUUCCCUGUCCCCACGCAGUCACAGAGAACAGCAGGCUGGGAGGCAGGCCUGAGCAGUAGCAGCCCAGCAUGCACCUCCCUUGGGGACAGUGUCAUUGCAGAGGUUAGCCUGGACCCCUCUGAGCUGCAGCAGAGGGCUGUGGAGGUCAUUGUGCCCAGUGAGCACGUCCCAGCCAGGGGCGGCUGCAGUGAGCUCCUGCUGGGCUGCACGCAUCUUGCCGGGGAGACCACAGCCAGCGGAGAAGAGGCCAGGCUGGAAGAGGAGCCCGCUGGCGGUGACCUGGCACAGCCCAUGGACCAAAGGGCAACAGAGGGGGGCAGGCAGAGCUGUGAGCACAACCUCAGGGUCCUCCCGAGUCUGCUGGAGCACAGCUACGCAGCCAGCAGCCUUCCCCAGGACCCCGGGGCCCCGGGCAGCCCAGGCCUCCAUACACACCCAACAAAGGUGCAGGUUCCCGACUCCACAGACAAGGCCUUGUGGCCAGAUUCCUCAGCCAUGGAACUUGACUUGUUGCCUGAUAGCCAGAUGCAGGAUGCUCUGGACGCCCCCGACUUGGAAGCACCUCCCGAGCAGAGUUUUCCUGCAGGGAGCGAGCCAGAUCUUGACUGGCAUGACCCCAGCUCACGUGCCAUCAGAGGAGACCUUUUGUCAGUGGCCAAGGCUCAGUCCAGGCCCCAUCCCUACGCGCCCCAGGCCCAGGCCCGCAGGAUGCAGGAUGCCACGGACACAGUGCGCGGCCUCGUUGUCGAGCUCUCCAACCUCAACCGGCUGGUCAUGGUCGCGCACCGAGAUCUGGAGGCCUUGAAGCGCAGGAAGGCCAAGCCGCCCGGCAAAGCACCUCUGCCCUACCUGUCCAAGGGGCUGGGGACCCUCUCCCGAGGGGAGCAGGGCUGGAAGGACCUGUGAUGCCUGCUCACCCCACACAGGCCCGGAUGCAGGCCUUGUUGACCAGGGUCACCCUAACCCCUGUUGGAGGUCACAGGACUCUCGGCACAGAUGUACAUCGGACCUGCAAACCCAGGCUCUGUGGCCCUUCAUGGUUGGAACUUUCUUUGUACCAUGCACCUUGGCUUUCUCCUGCUUGCCACCUUUUCUGGGACAGCAGGGAAUAAAUGAUGUGGUCACAGGCCUCCGACUGUU